AUGUCAACAUCUCCGUCUUCUAGACAGGCGAGAACCCACAGUAUCAUGACACACUUCUCUUCAGUCUUUCCCAACCCCAGACCGUUUAUGAAAUAUGGAGAUAAAGGGGAGGAAGGAAAGGAGGGAUAUCCGUUUAUAAUUCCGGAUUUGUGGAAACCUUCAUGUUUUGCUCCAGAUGACUCUGCUCAACCCACCUUGUUUCCUAUUGCCCCACUACAAGAAACCGUCCUGAAUAUUACUAAACCUUUAGAUCCCUACAAAGAUGAAUCGGAAGUAAACCUCUUCACCUUCGACCAUGACUUCGCAGAGUACUUCGCCGACCCUGAUCCUGGAUCCCCAACGGAGGUAGAUUCCAUCGCUUCAACAGCUGGAGAAGCUGUAGAACAGGAAUCCUCCGAUACUAGUGAGGAUAUAUGGCUUCGGCCUGGAUCUUCUGAUCUUCCGGUGAAUCCACGGUUUCAAACAUGGGAAUCUUUUCUCUCCGCCGGAGCAAACAACCCUGCCAAUCCUUACCUCUCGGAGGCUGGAUCUCAAGUUUUUGAUGCGGUUCUUACAGAGUACGUGGAUGGGUCUGAGGAGAUCACGGAGGUUGUGCGCACGGAUGUCCUCUGCACUUGCCUUCUACAUCUUGGCCUCGGCAGAAACUCGGUACUGUUCACAUACGAUCGGAAAAAGGCCGAAUUCCUUUCUAUCAAACCACGAUUGCGGAUAUCCGGAUGUACAGCCGGGACGGUUGAUAGCAUCAUAAAAUCCUUUGCGGAUUGCGGAAAGAAAAUCAAACAGCUCCAAAAGUUUGUUGAUGACGUCGGCAAUGACUCAAGAGUAGCCACGCCUUCCACCAUAGCACUAGCGGAUUGUAUAACGGCGAUAGUUGAAUCAAUUCGGCAAAGACUCUCCGUCGACCCCGCAACUAUCAGUAGUGUUCUGCACCUCCACUCACUCAUGCGCGAGCCCUCACUCAUCAUCGAUACAUUCCAUCAAAUAAUUUCGCAAACAGCUGGUAUAUCAGACGAUUCUCGGCUACUUACUACGUUAUUUGAAGUAGUGCAGCAAGAGCAGCAUCGAAGCGGAUGGUUGAAGCCCCUAUUAAUGGAAGCCCUAGCAAGGGUCACUCGGCCCUGGCUGGAGUCUAUUGAGGAGUGGAUAGGCCUUGGCCGACCAGCAGGAGGUGAAGGUAUUGGGUUUAAAGGAUCCGUCGAGAGAGGAUUUUUCGUUAGAGUUGAAGAAGAGACAUAUGUGAAUGAGAGGGGGGCGGAGCGCACAAAUCGAAACUUUAUUUUCGACAAAGCGAAGGUCCCAUCUUUUAUGAGUGCGGAGAGCGGAGAGUCUCUUUUUGAGAGCGGGAAAAGUCUACGGUUUUUGCAGAAAUUCCACCCAAGCCACCCGCUGUCGCGGCCCGGGGCUGUAGAGGGCGCAAGGGCUCCAAGACUGGAGUGGAAAUUUUCCUGGGAAGACUUAAAUAACCUACAGAGUCAAGCAAUGAGCUAUGAACGAGAGCUUCGAUUGGCUAUUGAUAAGUAUUCUGUGCAGGGGUCAACAGCAACUGCUCCCAUGGCCGGAAAUUACCAAUCAGUACCGGGAGGCAUUGAUGCGUUUGAAACAUUUGGAAAAUCUAAAGAGGAGAUAGGUGCUAUGAUUGGCAAGUCCGUCUCGGCCAUGAACAGCCCCCCCCUCUCCAUCGAACACCUACACAAAAAGGAUUUAUUGCGCACUCUUGUCCUCAAAAUAUCACGUUUGGAGCUAAAUCCUGACCCAGGGCACGAUCACCUAACUGCAUUUGCACCUCCCAUAUCAAUAACCCCCGUUCUUUCCUUCUCCCAUAUAUUUGCCGUCCAAGCAAAGAUCAUAAACACUGCCUGUCUAAAUAUGUUUUUCAAGGGGCACAAAGUUAGAGAGCAUCUCUCACUUCUCCGAAAAUUCGAGUUGUUCGGCGAUGGUGUUUACUCAAGCCGUCUUAGCCACGCACUCUUUGGCGAUGAAUUGGAUGGAACAGAGAAACGUGGAGGGGUUCACAGAACUGGAGGGACUAUGGGAUUGAAGCUAGGGAGUAGAGAUAGUUGGCCUCCCGCAUCCUCUGAGCUGCGUUUGGCAUUAAUGGGAGUUCUCGACGAAAGUUUUGACAACACACAAACCAAAGGUGGGAUACAUCAUGCGGGCAAAGACGGCGAUCUACCGGGAGGCUUGAGUUUCGGCGUUCGAGACAUGACAAUGGGGGAGUUGGAGAGAUGUAUGGACCCGAACGGCCUAGAGGCUCUAGAUUUCUUGAAGCUACAAUACAAACCACCCUCUCCACUGGAUGCUAUCAUUUCUACAACCGCACUGUAUCAGUAUGAUCGACUAUUCAAACUACUACUCCGAGUCCUACGCAUGCUUUUUGUGGUCAAUAAGCUCUUCCGCGAUGCAACUUCCCGUGGCAGCCGCUGGCACACGGUAGAUCCAGUCGCGCAGAAAUUCCGAAUUGAAGCACGCCACUUUGUAGACGCAGUUUGUAGUUACAUGUUUGAGACAGGGGUUGGAUCCACCUGGCGAAAGUUUGAAGAUAAACUCCAAGACAUCGAAAGGAAGCUAGACUCGCAUGAUUCAGAUCUCGGCGCAGAGGGGAUCGAGAGUCUGCGAGUGUACCACGAGAGUAUACUUGACAGGAUCAUGUUUGCGACACUCUCCAGAAAGCGCCAGGCUCCACUGAUGAAGCUUAUGGAAGAUAUAUUUACCUCGAUUCUCACGUUUGCGAAGUAUUCACACGCCAAAGCAAUUGGGGCUCAGACCAAUGAUGAGGAAAUCCCAGUACUGUAUGCCGGGUUCAAGAGAAGGAUUGGGAUAUUCAUCAAUGUUUGUCGGGGGCUAAGUGAGAAGAGGGGCUAUGGUGAUGGUGUGAAGGAUUCGGAAGGAAGAAGGGCUGUUGAUGCGAUCUUUGGAUCAGGUUCUAAGGAGGAGGGAAAUCUGCUCUCAAUGUUGCUUUUGAAGCUAGAGAUGACAGAGUACUAUACAGAUACGGGGAAGGGCGAGAGAGAAAAGAUCAAGAAGGGGGGACGAGGGAGGAAAGGGCCGAGUGACCCAGCAUGA